CAAAACAAGAAACUGCAAAGACUAAGUAGCACAAUGAAAUAAAGAGUAUUAAAGUGGCAUUGGUGACGGUUUAGCUUCUUGGCUCUGAGCCAGCACAUUAACAUGUGAGGAAAUAGAUCGUGACGUCAGUGGAGAUGCUCGUCUCCGUUGAUGCUGAUCAAAUUUUCUGGUGAAUAGUAUCCAUGUAGAGGCGCAGAGAAAUCCUAUGGAAGUAUUCUAUAUUGGUUAUGAAUUUUCUUACUGAAGUGCACAUCUAUAGAAAGAUAUUUGGACGAAAACGAGUGAGUAUAAAGAAUUAAGUAGUAGUUCCUCGGUUGUAAUAUACAUCCGACAUGAUGUAAUCACGCUAAGCAGUUGUUCAGUGCGGACAUAAUCUUUACAGUCGCAUGGCAACUUCAAACAAACACGUCACUACUCACCUUUAUCUUCAGAUGGACUGGCUCUCAAGACAUAAAUCAGCAAGUGGGCUGAACAUUUCUCGACAACAAAGUUUUACAGAAAAAUCACGAAAUACAGAGAAUACUCCGCUUCUUAAUGUUAAGCCUAACCAGUCUCUAGACAGCCGGACUGCUAGAAUACGCCUCAGGAAAAUGGGAAGUGAACAGGACGACUCAGACAAUUCUAGCAAAACUCCGAAUUCGGAAGUAGCUCUUAAGGAGAAGUGCAAGCGUAAAUUAUGGCGUUCAUCUAAAGUGAAGUACGACAUGAAGUAUGAAGAUUUUCUAAAGCCAUUGAAUUACUGGAAUAUACGAUCACCUUUAGAAGAAGAUAAAUCACUAGAUCGAAGACGGCCCCAAGGUAAAUGUAUCAGAACAAAGGAAGGAACCAAGGAACUGAAACGGUCAUCAUCUGCCGCGUGUUCAAGCGAAACUUCCAAGCAGCAAGACUGUUUUAUAGUUCCUUCACAUUCUGUAGAUCGUUUCAUACCGUUUCGAGCGGAUAGUGAAGACUUGAACAUCAUUGAACUACAAAAUUCUAAAAUGAGGAUAGUUUUUGACUUUGGAGAAAACGCAGCUUUGUCUACACAUGACUGUAUUUCUCCUGCUACUACCUUGGUAACUCCAAGUAGAGAAUGGAUUUCUACUCAACUGGACAUACAGCGGGAGAAGUUCAACAGAGUUCUUGAGUCGAAAACAGCUACAGAAGGCAUGCUCUUAAUCAAUGUGGAACGAUGUAGUCAGUUUCCGUUUAUGACAUAUUUAGUACUAAAUACAAACGAUGACGACUCCAAGCGGCUAGUUGAUCAACUGCAAGAUUGUUUUUCGACCUUUCAGAGCAAAGAUCAACUACAACACUUAGCUGAGUAUGAAGAAGUUGUAACCAUUGCUAGACCACCUUAUGACGUGUUGCCGAAAAUUCCAGCAACAAGUAAAACAGGAUACAUCGUCUCAACUUUCCGGGUUUUACCGGGUGAAGACAGAGAAAAACUGGAGCGUAACUGGCUAACGUGGACUGGGGCAAGCCACUUGUACAAGAAACUACCCAGCAACCUGGGGCUGCGAAGAAUUACUUUUCAUAAAACGAAAAAUCCUCACCAGGGAAUUACGUACGUCUUACUUUAUGAGUGUGCAGAGCUGAUGAACUUCGUAACCGAGGCUUGUGUGUAUGUGGACCAGCUCCGAGCAAGGUGCUGUGGUUAUACGGCAUUUUUCAGAGUGGUGGAAAAGUUUUGAAACAGUAGUUAUGUCUUUUUUUUUUAUAAGUAGUGUCUAGGGUAAAACUUAGUCACGUGUUACCAAGUUACGUAAUAUUAUUCUAAAAUACAAAGUCCGUUUAUACAAAUGAGUAAUAUCUAAUACAAAGUAAUCAUUAACAUUUUAUUGAUUUACGGUCAAAGUAUUAAACACCGAUGUGCUAAAACAAGAAGACAAGAAAUGGGAAGAAUUGCGUUCGUUGUUCCUAAUUAUUGAGACGGCUGUAGCCCGAACUUUCAUUUUAAGGUUUAAUGUUAUUUCAGGUGCUAUUUUAACUUUUUAAAUUCAUUUAAGUAUUUAAAAAUAACUGACAAAAGUGUAUAAGCCAAGACAAAAAGUUACUAAACUUAGAAGAUGCAGUCAAAUAUUUAUAGAAAAGCAUCUCUUACAAUAAAAGCAACAACAAUACAUCUGAUCGAAGGGAAGAUGUAACAAUUGCAAUAUUCCAGAGAUAAGUGUUAUCCCUCAAUUCACCAAGUGAGGAGUGGGGGAAACAUACAACCAUGUAGACAAGUAACAGAUGAAAUGAAAGGAUAAGCGUUUCAAUAGUCAUCUGUGUACAAAGACAGAGUUCUAAUGUAGAGUUUACAUUUAGUAGUAAUCUGACAAAAAAUAUAGUGUUUUGAUGUACAGUUUACAUCUAGUAGUAAUCUGACAAAACAAGGCAGUGUUUUUAUGUACAGUUUUCAUCUAGUAGUAAUCUGACAAAACAAGGUAGUGUUUUAAUGUACAGUUUACAUCUAGUAGUAAUCUGACAAAACAAGGCAGUGUUUUUAUGUACAGUUUUCAUCUAGUAGUAAUCUGACAAAACAAGGCAGUGUUUUGAUAUACAGUUUACAUCUAGUAGUAAUCUGACAAAACAAGGCAGUGUUUUGAUGUACAGUUUACAUCUAGUAGUAAUCUGACAAAACAAGGCAGUGUUUUGAUAUACAGUUUACAUCUAGUAGUAAUCUGACCGAAACAAGGCAGUGUUUUGAUAUACAGUUUACAUCUAGUAGUAAUCUGAUGAAACAAGGCAGUGUUUUGAUAUACAGUUUACAUCUAGUAGUAAUCUGACGAAACAAGGCAGUGUUUUGAUAUACAGUUUACAUCUAGUAGUAAUCUGACGAAACAAGGCAGUGUUUUGAUAUACAGUUUACAUCUAGUAGUAAUCUGAUGAAACAAGGCAGUGUUUUGAUAUACAGUUUACAUCUAGUAGUAACCUGA